UGAUGGCUCUGAUACCAUAUUGAGUAUUGGACUUGAAUGAUUUUAUUGAUUAGUAGAGCUUAACUCUUAUAUGUACAUGGUUACAAUAUUGAGAUCAUAAUUACAGAGAAUAAGAACGUUAGAGAGAAUCAAUAAUAUGGACUUUCCAUUCUCUUACAUUUGCUGUAAUAUAGUUUCGAUCUUAGGAUCGAUGUUCUUUUCCGAAUAGCGGAUAUAAAAUUUCGCGUAGGCGAUUUUGUUUUGCUUUUCAAACCAAAUUAGGAUAUGUUCUUCAUGUUCUUCGAUUUUAUUUUCCUGUUUGGUUUGAAAUUUAAUAGAAUCCUGAUCAUCUUUUGAUCGGUUUUAUCUUUACUUUCCACUUCGUUUCAAUUCUAAUUCCGUUGAUUUCUAAGCAGAUACCUUCUUCACCGUUCACUUCAAUCCCUUCCACAGAGAAUCAGUCUUCACAAGAAAGAUUAGCCUUAAUUGGCAAAGGUGAAGCAUCUCUUCUUGAAAAAAAGAUUGAGUUUGAUAGAUUUUGAAGUCGAUUAUGAGAUGGAUUCAGAAGAGUCGGCGUUACUUUGACGGUCCGGCAAAGGGUCUUCUCUCGAUCGAACUUUAGCUUUCUCCGGCGUAAAUUAUGGUGGAUAAAAAGCCUCUCUGGUUUAAGCAAUCAAGGUUAAGGUGGAAGGUAUACCAAGGAGUACAAGGUUAAGUGGAGUUAAGGUCGUGGCAGAGUCAAGCUUACAGCGGAAUCAAGCUUGUCGUGGAUUAUUGGAAGAAGCAUCCUCGGUUAGCCUGCGUCUUCGCUGGAGGUGAGAAGAGGCUUGGUGUCCUCACUUUACUCAGAUGAAUGCCACGUAGCAAGCCUAAUCUACAUGAGUGACACGUUUAUGUUCUGAAUUGUAAUAUCUUUUGAUAAGAUAUCAGUUGUGUAGUUGGGCCAAGAUCAAUAUUUGUAACUUAGUCUUUGUACUUUUUAGCCCAUGAAGCUUAUAAAACUUGAGUGGACAAAAAAAAAAAAAAAGCUUCAUAUAAAGUAGUUUUUAUUAUAGUUUGGAGGGCCAACCCUUGUAUUUACACAUAUUUGGUAGAUUUCCUUUUCCCAAUGGGUUUAGGAACUUGUAUAUAUAUCAUCGAUAACAUAUGAUUCUCAAAUUCAAUAUCGGCUAGGGAUGACGACGAGGAUGGCAGGAUUCGGCGAGGAAGAAAGUGGGAUCUCAGACAGUGAGAUCAUAGAGGGUUUUCUGCGGCCAAAGAUUGAAGGAGAAGCAGUGGCGAUUCCGGGAUUGAUAGUGGAAUUGGGGGAGGAGUUGUACACUCGAGAGCCAUGGCUCCUUCCGCAGACAGCCCAUCCCAUCCUUAACCCUCGAGAGUGGCUCUACUUGGGGAAACCGAAUCGAAAUAAUUUCCCCGUUGAUCACGAAGGGUGUUGGGUUCGCAUUGGAAGUGCCAUCUUGAUCCGAUCCGAGGAGACUGAUGAAAUAAUUGGGGGAACGUCGAGAUUCAGAUAUCGCUUCAGGAACAAGGGGGACAAACAUGCUCUGAGAUUGCUGAAAAGGCUUGAUUUCUCUGAGAUGAAAUUCAGCUUGUACUUCCUGGGCUACGAGGAUACUUCAACAGCUCCAACUGAGAGAACGGUUUGGACCUUUGGUCGACCCGCAACAAUUGAACUGACUCAUAACUGGGUUACGGAGAGUGAUCCGGAGUUUAAAGGUGGGAACUCCGAGCCUCGUGAAUUUGGGAAUACUGGGGUGACGGUUGAUGAUGUGCACAAGGCAUGCGAGAGAUUUGAACAGCUGGGAGUAGAGUUUGUCAAGAAACCGAACGAUGGAAAGAUGAAGAAUAUAGCCUUCAUCAAGGAUCCUGAUGGCUACUGGAUCGAGAUCUUUAAUCUCAAGUCUAUCGGGACAACAACCGGAAACGCAGCUUGAAGUAGUUCAAGAUUGUGCUGUUUGUGUUCUUGUGUUCAUUCCACCUGAGUUUGAAUACAAAUAAAGAUGUUUUCUGUCUCAACGAAUAAGAGAAAAUGAACUAACCACUAUACCUACACUCUUCUCAAAGAAUGUAUAUAAUCGUAGAAAGACAGAUAUAGAUUGCAUCUUGGUUUCAAACGAGUUGUAGAAGUAGUUCCUGGAUGAAUGUAAUGGACUGUCUUUAUGUUCACGGUACCAUACUUUGUAGUUUGUAUGGAUGUUCGUAUGGUCUUAUUAUUAAUCAGAAACAGCAGCUUUGGUCGCA